UGAACCGACAGACGGAGUGGGCGCGUUGCUGAAUCGUGCCUCAGUAUCGCUCCGACCGCCGUCGACUACGGUUCAUUCGUUGCUCCGAUGUAUCCUCGUUGUGUCGUGGUCGCAUAAACCCUAAACGAACCUCGGUGCGAGUGAAACGCGACGCGUACGACGAGAUAGCAUCGGGAGAGCAUCGUUCGGAGUGGUGUCGAUCGAACGAAUCCCUAAUGACAAUGGGCUAAACCUGUGCAUCGAUUCUCUCGAUAGAAGUCCGACAGAGGCCUAGUCUCGACCGGAUCUGGGUCAAUGGAUUAUCGUAAACGUAUCACAGCGACGCGUUAAUCGAGAACUUGAGUUAAACUCGAUGAAGCGUUAACAGCAUCCGACGGUGGUGACGAUAUAUUAAACGGCGUUCCGGGGCACUGUAAGAUGAGCCCUGCCUCCCAAGGCGUCGUAGAGGUGGAGCGUUACAUCGGCAGUUGCCUAAUAUCCUCGAAUCGAAGGCCAGGCUCGCACAAGGCGGUCGUGAAGCAGCAAGAGCCUUCGUUACACGGAAAGACGCGUUGUUACGGUGGACAGAACCUGAUAAACACCGGCGAUCAGGUGCAAUAUGGUCCCGGCGAUUGGACAGGCGCUCCUUUGAUAUCCAUGACUAGCCCGCGCAGAUGUAAUCAGAGGUCGGUUAGCCUACAACCACAACCACAACAACAGCCACAGGCUUGCGAGGUGUCGACACACCUGCCCAAGAAUCCACUCUCCAGGCUAGCCAUUCACACGCAGGGAGCGCCGUUGAUCUUGGCAGGCCGGUUUCCCAAUCGCAAGAUACAUAACACCGUGAACGGCAUCGCCAACGCGCUUUGCAACGCAGCGGUUAGCAGUUACGUUUACGGCAAUGGAAACAUGCUGAGAUGUCCGCCGUCCCGGCCUCAGAGGCACACGGCGGACCACGCCAAGAAGCAGCAAGCGAGUUCGAAGUCGGACCUGUGCUCGAGCAAAGAGACCGUAGCUGUGGUCGCGAUGGGAGCCAACAUCGCCAACAUCGAUUCGUUGAGCAUCGCCAGCGACGAGAGUUCGGGAUCGAACAACUCCGAGAACAGCCUGCCCCGUAUAAUAAAGCCACGAAAGCGCAGGAAGAAGGACAGGAAACCGGUGAACAACUUGGUCGCUAUCGACGUUGUUCAACAGGAGGACCAGCAACAAGAGCCAGCGUUGGCUGUCGAGCAACCGAACUUGAAACCGUACGUGCCGGUCUGUUACGAGCAGCGUUUCGAGGCCUUGCCUCAGAUUAGGAAUCACAGGAGGCUGCCGAUCGGAAGGAAAAACGUGCUGCACGGUUGCAGGGCCCAGACGCCCGGUAUACAGGAACCGACGGACGUCAAGCAGAAGCAAACGCACCGGCAUAUGGAACCGAACGACGCCAGGCAGGAGCAAACACACCGUCGCGUGGAACCCACCGACGCCAGACAGAGGCAAACACACCGGCGCAUGGAAGCUACCGACGCGAGGCACGAGCACGCAGACCGACAUAUGGAAGUGAAAGUGCCGGACGACAACAGACUAGUGGAAAUUCACACGGUUCCUUCGAGAGGUCACAGACACGCUCGCCAGCCGACCAACAACCUUCCGAUGUUUCCGCAGGAAUACAGCGUGCUGGCAGGGUGCAGAAACAACAAAGAGGGGUUAGGGUCGUGCCAGUGUCGGUACUGCGACCCCUCGGGAGUUAUUUGGGACGUGGAUCAGAACUGUUACUCGCCCUUCUUGACCUCGAGUACCGGCCACUUUCCUCACGUGCCGUUUCUCGCCCGGCCGACUUCGCACUGCCGCAAUCAGAGCAUAGAGAGGCUUAGCGGUUUGGUCCACGAGGAAAAAGAUCCCGGGCCCGGUGUUGUUCUCAGACGCAGCUGGAGCGACCCUACCAGUUACUUCAGCGAGGACAACAUUGGCGCUCCUAGCAAAGACGUUGGUGUGAUCGGUGACCGGUGGCAGGGUGACAGUGGGAAACACAGGACGCUCUGGCACGGUGACACCAGCGGGUUCCUGGCGAAUAAUCCGGGACUGGGGACCGAUAUGCCGAGCAACGGUUUCGUCUGCCAACGGCAGAAGGGUCUGGAGGUCUCCACGGAGAUCAUCACGUCGCCCAACGGUCACAGAGACCUGGAAAUUAAGUUCUAUUCGCCGUCGCUGAACGCCAACGCUCCCGACGACGAGAAAAUCCUCUUCGCCGAGGAAGCGGACGACGACGAGGAGGAUUUCAGCGACAUUUGGAGCUAUCACGAGUCGAAGUUGCAGCAGGAUUUUCGCACGUUGCUGCAAGCGGAGGAAUGAACGCGAACGAGAAUUUGUGAUUGUGGGAAUAUCGAGCGACGGCGAUGAGAGAUUAUGCGCGAGUGUGUGAAAAAGGUGGUACUACUGGAAGUUUGAAUCAAUUUGAUCGGCUGGAGAAUAAAAUCGAGGGAUUAUGUGAAACGGAAAUUUCGUGCCGAGUCGAAAAUAUCGAUCGGUGUCGUUUGUUACGUUACCGUGUGGUAGCCGAGUAGGCUGUUGCGCGCGACACGAGACAUGUCUCAUCGAAACACGAACCACUGUGUGGAGUAAUACGAUGGCCCGAUAUUUUUCUUUGUAUUUAAAUAAACACGUAAGAACGUGUGUGUCGCGCUAUACGUCGCACGUUUUACUUUGUGCAAACAUCCGGGGAACACGUAGAGAAUCGUUUCGGUUGAAACGUGCUUCCUGGAAGCCACGGAAAUAAAUGUAAACGAACGAUAGCGUGUUAUACGCAAAAUAUCUUUGCGCGAUAGAUCGAUAAUUUGUUCAUAUUCUGCGAUAUCACGUUUCUUCUGUAAAACUUCAACUACAAAUUUUCUAUCGAUUCGUACGGAGUUCUUAAAUAAUUGCUUGCAUUUAAAUACUCGUUGGAAAUGUACUACUGUACGCUUCUAACGAGAAACGUGUUUAUUUGCAAAGUUAUUUUCCAGGGUAGAAAUAUUCUGGAUGAAAUUGAGCUCGUUUUUGGAGAUACGAGUCUCAAAUGGAAUAAUAUCUUCUGUUUACACUUUUUCCUAUAAUCUCCGCAAAGAAAUCGUUCCAAGAAAUUUAAACGCGUUUACGUAAAGUAGGACAUGCGUAUAGGAUCCACAAAAGAAUGUUUAUUCUUACGUGUAUCUCUAAAUAUGAACGAAAAACAUUGGGCGCAUUUCUCGUGCAGCUGGAGAUUGUUCGCAAAAGUCUUGGACGAACCGUUCUACGUUUGCAAGAUGGCCCGAUUCUACGGCAAACAGAUAUAGGUCGCGUUAGAAAACGUAACGGCUCAUCCAAAAUCGCUGUUCGCUCGCCUCAAUGUAUCUUAUGCGUUUGAAAAUGAUCGUUGGGAGUUUACGCAAGUCUCGCGUUAGGUUCGAGGUUCGUACGAAGAGGGCGCCGUCCCCUACUAAAUUGUAUACCGGUGGCGCCAUUUACACGAUCGGACGAGUCGUAACUGUAUUCGCUUUAGUCGAAGCACGUCGUAACCUACAAAACGUAACACGCAACGUAACGAGCCGACCGACCACGUUUGCGAAUAGAUCGGCUCGUUCUUGUCAAAGAAUUUUCCUUGGUCUUUCGGACCAGCGUGAAAAAAAACAUUACGUAAUUUGUCCAAGGGUUUCCAAACUUGGCUGCACCUUACUUGCGACGGACCUAAAAUUUUUUAAUUUCUUUUAGAUAAUCCUGUAGAUUUCGGCGAGAAAAAUCCGGAAAUGCUAGUUUUAAGGCGAGGAAUCGACUAGUUCAGAAAUUAUGAGCAGUUAAAUGUGGCAUUUUACCGUAUCUGACCGACACUUUCGGCGCCAUGUUGUCUUGUAGCCAUACCCUGUCGGUAAAACAGAUUCUCGGUGAUGACGGACUACAUUAUGUACCUAUACGUACAUUUGGGCCUAUAUUUUCGGGAUUUUUUUCUAGAGUACGAAUUCAACUUUUGAAUCGUCUGUCAAAUACGGUCAAAAGGUUCACCUUCAACUGCCUU